AAAGCUCAAAAAUAAUAAUAAUAAUAAUACAGAUUUUUGCAAGCGUAUGUCAGUGUUUAUUAGGGCGAGUGCAAACUUUUUAACGUCCAAAAUAUUUCUCUUUGGUUAAAGUUGAGUGGUUUGCUUUAGUUAAAAUAGAACAAAAUGAUGUACGAGAGCUGUUGAAUAAAGUACCACUUCGCCUUCCUUUAGCUGGUCAUUAGUGAGCUAGCUAGUUAGCAGCUAGCCUCAGCAACUAGUAGCUAUGGCUGCAGUUAUUUUGAGUUUCCCAACUCUGCAAGGUCCGAGGAUAUUUACACAAAAACUGUCAUGGACCAAAAGAGGGGUGAGGCUCGUUUCAGGAGGGGUGGGAAGGAUAGAGAAGGUGCUGAUUGCCAAUCGAGGAGAGAUUGCGUGUCGUGUGAUGCGCACAGCCAAGAAGAUGGGCGUCCGCUCUGUGGCUGUAUACAGUGAUGCAGACAGACACUCCAUGCAUGUGGCCAUGGCAGAUGAAGCCUACCGUAUCGGUCCUCCACCCUCCCAGCAGAGUUACCUCUCCAUGGAGAAAGUUUUGGAAGUGGCCAAGACAUCUGGAUCACAUGCGGUCCACCCUGGUUAUGGCUUUCUGUCAGAAAACACAGAGUUUGCAGAGGCGUGUAAACAGGAAGGCAUCAUCUUCAUUGGACCACCUUCCUCUGCCAUCCGAGACAUGGGCAUUAAAAGCACAUCCAAACACAUCAUGUCAGCUGCCGGGGUGCCUAUCAUUGGUGGUUACCAUGGAGAAGACCAAUCAAAUGAGAGGCUGCAAGCAGAGGCUGCCCAGAUCGGAUACCCUGUGAUGAUUAAGGCAGUCCGUGGAGGAGGAGGGAAGGGAAUGCGUAUUGCACGGUCAGACACAGACUUCUUGGAGCAGUUGGAGUCAGCGAGACGAGAAGCAAGAAAAUCCUUCAAUGAUGAUGUCAUGCUAGUUGAGAAGUUUGUAGAGGAUCCCAGACAUGUGGAGGUGCAGGUGUUUGGGGACAUGCACGGUAAUGCUGUCUAUCUGUUUGAGAGAGACUGCAGCGUCCAAAGAAGACAUCAGAAGAUCAUAGAGGAAGCACCAGGGCCUGGUAUUAGUCCCGAGGUUCGGAGGAAACUUGGAGAGGCAGCAGUUAAAGCAGCCAAGGCUGUCAACUAUGUAGGAGCAGGUACGGUGGAGUUUAUAAUGGACGCCCAGCAUAAUUUUUACUUUAUGGAGAUGAACACCAGGCUGCAGGUGGAGCAUCCUGUCUCUGAGAUGAUCACUGGAACGGACCUGGUGGAGUGGCAGCUCAGGGUGGCAGCAGGGGAGCGCCUGCCUCUCCUCCAGGAUGACAUCAUUUUAAGGGGACACUCUUUUGAGGCUCGUAUCUACGCCGAGGACCCAAACAAUGACUUCCUUCCAGGGGCGGGGCCUCUGCUGCAUCUCUCCACCCCUUCAGCAGACCAACACACACGCAUAGAGACUGGAGUCAGGGAAGGGGACGAGGUGUCUGCACAUUAUGAUCCAAUGAUCGCCAAGCUUGUGGUGUGGGGAGAAGACCGAUCUGCUGCCUUAAAGAAGCUGCGCUACUGCUUACGACAGUACAAUAUCGUUGGACUGAACACUAACAUUGACUUUUUGCUGAGUCUUUCGGGUCACCCAGAGUUUGAGGCUGGAAACGUGACCACCAGCUUCAUCCCUCAGCACUACGCUGACCUCUUUCCCACUCCUAGGACUCCCUCUGGGGAAACAAUCUGCCAGGCAGCCCUGGGCCUGGUGCUGCAGGAGAGGAAACACACACAGGAAUUUACACAGACCUCCACUGACCCCUUCUCCCCAUUUGGCUCGAGCAGCGGCUGGAGAAGCAACAUUCAGUUUAAUAGAAACAUGACGUUACAGCUGGGAGACAAAAAAGUUGAUAUGGUCGUUGUGUAUAACAAAGAUGGAAGCUACACAAUGCAGAUUGGUGAGGAGGUGUACCAUGUGACUGGGGAGGUGGAAAUGGAAGAUGGAGCGUCAUUCCUUCACUGUUCUGUCAAUGGCAUGAAGUCUCGUCCCAAACUGGUUAUCCUGGACAACACAGUGCAUCUGUUCUCCACGGAGGGAAGCGCCGAAGUGUCUGUUCCAGUGCCCAAGUAUCUGGCUGGUGUGAGCGGCUCUGGGGCUCAAGGUGGAGCUGUGGCCCCCAUGACUGGAACCAUAGAGAAGGUGAUGGUAAAAGCUGGAGACAAAGUGGCUGUGGGAGACCCGCUGAUGGUCAUGAUCGCCAUGAAGAUGGAGCAUACGAUUCGGGCGCCAAAGUCAGGUGUGAUCAAGAGAGUUUUCUUCAGCGAGGGCUCUCAGGCCAAUCGUCACGCUCCUCUGGUGGAAAUGGAAGAGGAGGCGGAGGAGAGGGAGGGGAGCAGCCAGUGAACAGACUGAAACACACACCCAUGAAUACACACACCGACAGGUAGGAGAGAGCCGGAACUAGUUACUGUGGCAGCUUGAGGGAAAGUGAGUCCAUCUGGACGGAGUUGGUGUCCAUCACUUCAUUAGUAUUUCGGAAGAUGUGAAUCAGGACCUGAAUCAUCUGUUGGGAGCGAGUCGGAUUCAGUCUGGAAUAAAUUAGAAAAACACUUUCACCCUGGGGACCCACCAUUCAUAACAAAGGUCAGAAACAAUUCGUGACCUAAAAAUGUUCCUGGGUUUGACGUGUGUGACAGCCAGCGGGUAAACACCACAACAAUCUCUAAUGUACAAUUGCCUUUUACACAUCAGAAUAUUACCUUUCUGUUUUUGUCUGUUCCUUCUUUUCUUUCCUGUGUGUUUAUUUGUUUGAAUCAGUAAAGCUCGGGCAUCUUGGGCUUGCAAUUCUCCUCCCUAUGUGUUUGUCAGUGGUGUAGUCUUAGUAAAAGAGUUGGGCUAGGUAUUCUCUCGUUCAGCACAGUUUAAUGCACCUUCUGUACUGAGGAGGUUGACAGCUGAGUGUGUAGUAGUAGUAGUAGUAGUAGUAGUAGUAGUAGUAGUAAACCAUUACACAGGGGAAAAACUAAAUAGUAGCUUGUAAGUAAAUCUGAGGCAGAAGUAAAUAAGAUGUGAAAUCAGACAAAAUAUUUGCAGAGUUAUUGCAUAGUGGGUUAUAGGAAUAGUUCCUGAUGAUUGAGGGAGGAAAACGUAACAUUUAGAUGACCUUAAAGGAUUUACUGAGUGUGAACACAUCAACUUAUAAUGCUUAAUUACAGGCUUGUCUGGGUAAAAAUGAACUAUGUAUCUCAAUUUUAGAAAACUGUCCUACCACCUAUAAAUAUCCUUCAAAAAAUGCAUUGCAUGCAUUAAAGCAAUACUGUUUUUCUUAAUCAUUAUGAAUUCACACGGGAAAGCUACAUGGCUUUCACUGCACAGUGACUUUAGGAGGAGAGAUUUACUAGAUGUAAACCGAUUUUAUUUUUGGUGCAGGAAAUAUUUUGUAUUUGGGUUUGUUAAUGUCCUGUCUUUCCACAUCCCCACCAU